UUCCGGUUCAGGGAGGCGUGACAGAGCCGUAAUGAUUUUCAUGUGUCUAUAGCCUGCAGGCGUUUAUACCACUAUAAAGAAAUAAGCCCAACAACGAGCAGUGACCUUUCCGACAACGACACCAGCCUUUCAGCGAGCCUUUUCAAGACGUCAGCCCUAACAGCUGCAGGAGAAAGAAGAUGGCCCUGUCUGGCUGGGUGUGUGUGGUGACCGGGGCCUCCAGGGGCAUCGGCAGGGGCAUCGCUCUCCAGCUGUCCGAGGCAGGAGCCACCGUCUACAUCACCGGGCGCCAGGAGAAGACUCUGAAACAAACCGCCGCAGAGGUUAAGGAAAGGGGCGGCUACUGUGUGCCUGUUGUCUGUGAUUCCUCAAAGGACAAAGACAUCGAAGAACUGUUUGAACGGAUCGAGCGUGAGCAGAACGGCAGGCUGGACAUCCUGGUUAACAACGCCUACGCCGGGGUUCAGACUAUUUUUGAGAACAUGGGGAAGAAGUUUUGGGAAACCGAUCCGUCUAUCUGGGAUUCCAUAAACAACACAGGCCUCAGGGGCCACUACUUCUGCUCAGUUUACGCCUCCCGCUUGAUGGUGGCACAGGGUCGCGGGUUGAUAGUUGUCAUCUCGUCUAUGGGCGGGCUGAGAUACCUCUUCAAUGUGCCAUAUGGUGUUGGUAAAGCUGCAUGCGACCGGCUGGCGGCGGACACGGCGGUGGAGCUGAAAAGCAGAGGGGUGGCUUCUGUCAGCCUGUGGCCGGGGGCGGUGCAGACAGAGCUGGUGUCUCAGUUCAUACUGGAGAAAGACACGCCGCCGGGUGUCGAUCCCAAGUUCAAGGAAGUCUUUGCCAGCGGGGAAACCACAGAGCUGAGCGGGAAGUGCAUUGUCGAACUGGCAAAAGAUAAAAAUCUGAUGUCACUGACGGGGAAAGUCCUGAUGACGUGUGACCUGGCAAGGCGCUAUGGGAUACAAGAUAUUGAUGGUCGGAGUGUGACUGACUACACCUCCCUAAAGUUCCUCCUGACCCAGGUCCCGUACCUCUCGUGGCUCUCCACCGUUGUGCCCUCAUUUCUGCGGAUGCCACGUUUCAUGCUCACCCUUGCAAGCGGGCGAUUCUGAACCCUCCCUAACUCAAUACUUAGAAGUGGCCGCAAAAUAGCGAGUUUGGACUGACUCUUAUCAAGCUUUAAAUGCAACUACACCCUCACCGACCAGGGCAGCGGUCAGUCACAUGGUUGUGACUGGUUGCUAAAAGGGGACAAAAACACUUUCAUUUCAAUGCAGAUGUCAAAGAUUUAGUCUGGCCUGCAUGAAGGAGUCUUAGAUAAGCUUACAUCAUGAAUGUGAUUCAGUAAUAAUUUCCAUAACAUGAAGGGUGGUCCUGAUGAUUUUUUGUAUUUUAACAUUAAUACUAACAAUUGUUGAAGCAACAGAAUGUGAAAAAUAGGAGUGUGUAUGUGAUAUAUUUAUAAAGAAAUAUUUUUUACCAAUAUCUAGAAUGUUUGAAUAAAUCAGACACUGUGCAGAAAAAAAAAUAAAACUGGCUUAUUGUGUACAGA